CACCAACUCUGUCGAUGAAACAGCGACGACACUGCAAUCAGAUUUCGGAAAUUAUCGUCCAUACCCUGUCUUGAAUUAGAGGGCGGCGGGUCUCUUCCCAAAGAUAUCGAAUUAUGGCGACUGGAAACAAUGACAUCGCUGUCGACAACCUGAUCUCUGCCCUUGGAGCCGCCGCUUCGGCUGCGAAUGUACCAACACCAGCGAUGGCUCAGCUGCCGUCUGCAGAAGCUGUUUCUGUCUUGAUCUCUGCGCUACCCAGCGAUGUCGUUGCCUCUAUCCAGAGCGAAUUCGGUGCACUUCGCACACCAGCUCCUACGCCUGCACCGACAUCCGUCGCGCAAUCGACACCAUCCUCGCCCUCAAGCACGAUACCGACAUCAUCACAGUCGACUCCGACCAGCUCCGAUUUCUCUUCCUCGUCGACCACAGCGUCCUCUUUCACAUUCUCCUCUUCCACGAUAUCAUCAACGUCCUCAGCAACGCCCACAUCAUCAGCUGGCGCCUCGACCCAUAAUGGACAAAAGUCUCACAACAAAGCCGCAGUCGCAGGCAUCGCCUCCGGCAUCAUCGCCGGCGCCGUCCUCCUAAUUCUUCUCGCCGCCUUCCUCUUCAAAUGCCGCAAAGAAGGCUACCAAUGGUUCUGCUGCUGCUGCGGCAAAAAGAAGCAACAUCCCCGACCGAGUCGUCCCUAUCCUCAAUCCGCCUGGCUCUACGACGCACGACCUUCCCCUCCCGAUAGUCUCCGCCGCGGCGCCGCCGAAUCCUCCGACGACGCUCUCCUGCCAACACGACGCCACGACGAGAUGAGGGAGCGAGACCGCGUUCCGGACCGCUUCGCCAGUCCAACGCGGCCGGCGCGGCCUUCGAGCCCGCUUCUCUCGCCGCCGAAAAAUCCUGGACGCACGGCGAGUCCUAUCUUGAGUUCGCAUUCACGGAUCCGUAUGGUUCCUUCGUCACCGAGGAGUAGUGAGGUCGAUGCGAGGCGGGCUGUGAAGACGACUGUGGCGCCUGCAUGGGGCCAAGGGGCGAAACCCAUGCAGGCGACUGUGGAGGAGUAUCAUGCGCAUUGA